AUGCGUUUUGUACUAUGUAUGUCCAUUCUUUUGUUACAUUUACACAGCAACAAGAGUGUUGGAGAGGAAGAGGCGCUGCCCAAAGAUCGAAAUUUCAAUAAACAACGGGGUUACCAUAUCAAGGAUUGCGUACCUCACUACGAGCAGCUGGAACAGCAUAAGCAGGCUCGUACUUCAGAGCGUAAAGUAAAAGCUACAACUUUAUCUUUAAUCGCUUCAUAUGAUUAUGGGAAUUAUAUUGUUGUCACUACAGAGGCAGAUGGUUGGUUUGGGAGAACUAUGUACUGUCGCUAUUUUGACACAGAACAUCAAGAACUUCUACCUGCUACUGAAUCAUUUGUUUUUCCCGAAUUCGCUGUACAUUGCUGUAGUCGAAAGAAUGCACAUUUUAUGAGCGUCAGCGGAAGUCCAUUUGACAAUAUUCUGGAAUAUGUUCCUCUACUAGACAGGCGUAAGGAUGAACCCAGAUAUAAUCUCUCCCUUUGUCUUGCGCCAAUGUAUGGUGAUGAAAGAAAGUGGCUGCUUCUUGUAGAACUCAUCGAACACUACAAAAUACAAGGUGUUGAGCAUUUCUAUCUAUAUGUCAAGGAUAUGGAUGAUUAUACCCUCAAAUUGAUCAAACACUAUGUAGAAAGUGGUGUCGCAGAAGUGAUUUUUUUCCGAAAAGAUAACGAUCGACCUGGGCUGGAAUGGCAACUUGUUGAAACGGAAGCAGAUGCGCGCGGCGCAUGCGGCGAAGCGGCUGUCGGCGCGUAUGAGUCGCGGCCUUUGGCGACUUCUUCAUAA